AUGAGUGUAGAUAUCAUGCUGAAGACCUUUGUGGCGGCUGCCUGCGCUGCACUCGUUGUGAGAUUUUUCCAUGGUGGCUUCGACACGGGGCUUUGGGGGAUGCUUGGCUCCACCGUUCCUUUGGAGUUUGGCGCCCUGCCGGACCUGAAGUACGCCAUUUGGGAGCUUCCUGCGUUUGCAUUGCUUGGCAUUCUGGGUGGCCUGAUGGGCGCUUUGUACAACUGGCUCAACGUGAAGAUCACGAAAGUGAGGAUGAGAUUCAUUGGGCCCACUGGCGUGCGGCGGUGGUUGGAGGUGCUCUUCCUCACUUUUGUUGUGGCCACCAUCAAGUUUACUGUGCCUGUCCUCCUGAUGGACGGAGUAGGCAAUGUCUUCGGCUCCGUCAAGCAGACGCUCUGGUGGUCUGACCAGGCCGAUGGAGUCAAGGCCAUCUUUCACAAGGAGAUGUUGGCCUCCGACAUGGCCAUCUUAGGCAGUGUACAAUUCUUCAUCGCCUGUUGGACGUAUGGCGCUGGUGUUCCCAGUGGGCUGUUCUUGCCUUCGUUGUUCCUUGGUGCCGCCUGGGGCAAGCUGUUUGGGAUGGGUCUUUUCGAAAUAGGCUUUCUUCACCAAAUCAGCGACGCUGACAAGUACGCCUUUGUUGGUUCAGCGGCGGCUUUAUCUGGCCUCGGGCGCAUUACGAUAUCCCUCUCUGUAAUAGUUAUGGAGUGCACCAUCAACAACCAGUUUGGGGUUCCGCUAUUCCUAGCCACCAUGCUGGCAAAGUGGGUUGGACAACUCUUCAAUGAAGGGAUCUACGACCUGCAUCUAGAGCUCAAGCACGUGCCUUUGCUGGAGCCCAUGGGCGGCAAGGAGCUGCUGGACCUCAGAGCCAUGGAUAUCAUGGCCCGAGACAUCAAGUCUUUGCCGCCCACUGCUCCUGUGAAGCAGCUGGUCGGCUUGCUUCAGGAUGAGAGUCACAACCACCAUGGGUUUCCAGUCGUCGACAUGUCCUCAGGCGUCUUCUUGGGUCUCAUUCGGCGCAGUGAGCUUCUUCAUAUCCUGGAGCGAGGCAAGAGGUUCAGCUUCGAAGCGAAUCAUCAAGGUGCCUUUGGGGGUCAGAAGGAUCUCGUGCAUCCCAUGGUGUAUAACCUCACUCCGGAAGAGAUUCUGGAGCAGAUAUCCGAAGAGGACUUGGACAAACAGGUCAACCUGAUGCCGUACAUGAAUCGCGCAGCAUACACUGUGCCACACAAGGCAUCGGUGCUGCGAUGCUUUGCGAUUUUCCGCUCCAUCGGGCUUAGACACCUGCCCGUCCUCGAUGAGCAGAGCCGCCUGAGGGGACUGAUAACGCGCAAGGACCUGCUUUUGGAACAUCUUCAUGAGAAGAAGUGGGACAUCUAUGCCAGCGACGACGAAUCUGAUGAGGAUGAGAGCGCUUGA